AUGGAAAACCGAUCUCUACCUCCCCCCGGCCAUCCGAUAUAUGACGUCCUUCAGCUAAGUGGACAGAUCCGAUCAACACCAACAAAGAUCGAAAAAGCUAAGCAGAGGUUGAAUUUUCUGAGCGAUGAUGAAGCAGCCACAAUUGCGCGUCGAGAUCAGGGAUUUCAAUUAACGCCACUGGAGGGGCUAGACUGGGAAGUGAAGAAGUUCUUUGACAAGGGACCCUUAGAUGCCUCCAUCAAAUUCCAUGCUCUUCAGUGUGCCGUACUAGAAGGCACCACAGUGGUCGACAUAUACCGUGCACAAGACCUGCCUCCCAUCUUUGCCCAGGCUAUUCCUUGGAACUCUUGCAAGCUUGCUACCACUCUGGUUCUUUUGUUUGCUUGUCCUUCCGAUUCUGAUUCCAUAUUUGAGGCUCUUAAAUUUCAGAGUCGGUCCCUGAACGGUCUUCCAACCAUGGCUGAUAUAAUCAGCAAUCCGUCAGCCGACCUCCCAAAAAGGUUCGCCCGAGCUAAAAAGGCGGCAAUUGACGGCAAAAUUGGUGAAACAACGGUUUUGGGAGUCAGCUUAGUGGACGUUGAAAUGAUUGAACGAGCCGAAAGGGGAUCUUCUGAUAUGCGUUAUUCGUCUUUUGCACAUUCCUUCGUGCUAGCUAUUGGCCGAGAAGGAUUUCGCGUGUUUCAAGCAUGGGGAGAGCAUGGCUAUCGUCUAGAUCAAUACCUAAUGGGGGGUGGAUCUAGACUACGCGACUGGGAAGAUGCCAAGAAGUUCUUGAAACUAUUUUCAAAGCUCACCUGUCCCCAGGUAUAUAACCCCGGUACUUUGCUAGAGCUUCUUGAUGAUUCUAUUCUAACGCAGCAAUAG